GUAUUAAAUAUUGUUAGAGGUCUGUGAUUAUUGUGAUUAUUGACAACAUAUCUGGCAGGCUUGAUGUAAGAACUUUAUGGACUAAACAGAUAAACUUAAUAUAAAUACAAAACAAACAGUGUUACUGUUGUUACUGUAAAUAAGAUGUCAUAGGAUGAUAUAUUACCAUAUCAACCUUGUUAGCUGAUGUCCAACCAAGGUUCACCAGUGGAGGGACAACAAAUCUGUCGAACGCUUUCGUGUUUAACUUUAAGUGAACAGGCAGCUGGUAGUUGAGAAAACUAUAUUAUUAGCUGUAUUCACUGUCAUAUAACCCUGCUCUAAGUAUGAAAUUCCCAAGAAAAGAUAUGCAGCAUGGUUUGCAUUUAAGCAGGAGUAGAUGUAAGUAGCUCAUCAUGGAUAAUCAUGGCUUUUGUUGUGCCCACGUAGUAUAUUCUUUUGAUGGAACUCUGUUAAGGAACUUUUUUAUGAGAACAUGCAAAUUAAUUUUGCUGUGUGUCUCUCUGGUCUGGUUGGCACUAACUCUGUACCUGUACUUAUGAAACACUGUGGAUCAGAUAUACCAGAUGCCAGAAAUAUCAGACAUUCUUGGUCCCAUUCAGAGUAAGCCAACUGGUUUAAGAAGAAUAAGAAUCUUUUUUUAAGAAUCAUCUUUUAUUGGCAGUAUAUAUAUUUUUACAUACACAUACUGAAUUUGACUACUGCAUUUAUCCCAUCCUUAGUUGAACACACACAUGCAACAAUACCAGGGGUUCUCAAAAGCAAAACGAGUGAGCAUCAAAAGAUAUUCUGGGUCUGUUCCAGGAAGCAGAUUUAUUCAUUUGGAUAAUGUUGCACAAUAAAACUCUAUCUGCUGCUAGCUGUUCCUGGUUUUACUUUGCAAGGGUUCCUAAACAACUUGGUAAACCUGCUUUUUGCCCAGAUCUUAAACAUAAAGUAAAUGUACUUAUCCAUAACACAGGAAAUAGCUGGGAGGAAUGUGAUCUUUCAGGGCAGAAACUGAAGUCCCUUCCUCGGGAGCUUCUGACACAUGUUAAAGGUCUGGAUUUGCAGAGGAACAAAUUGAAACGCAUGACAGGCAUCUCCAGAUUCACCAACCUGAUGGAACUUAAUCUCUCCAGAAACAAGAUAAUGGAGUUCUCUCAGGAAAUGAGCAACUUGUGCCAACUAGAGUCCCUUUACAUGAACCAGAACAACAUCAGAUUAAUUCCAGAGGGAAUCUUUCCACAUCUUAGGAAGUUAAAAUUCCUAAAACUAAGCAGCAAUCGUUUGAGCAAGCUUCCUUCAGAUAUAAACCAGUGCACCAGUAUCACUCACCUGGACCUUUCAAAGAACUGCCUGCAAAACAUCCAACCACUAGUUGGUCUCCCAAAACUGAAGGAGCUUUUCGUUGAGAAGAAUCAACUGACCGAGCUCCCAUCCCAGCUAUUCCAGAACAGCAGCUGUGAGCUGACCGUGUGCAAGGCCACAGGGAACCCGCUGAGGUGCCCACCAGAGGAGGUCUGUGUUGGAGGGGUCAUGGACAUCCAGAGCUACUUUCAUCAAAUGGAGAUGAACCCAAACACACACAGUGCCUGGACAGUCAAGACCAUGUUCCUGGGUUCCUCCAUGGCAGGGAAGUCGACACUUUGUCGCAGCCUGAGGGAAGGGAAGCCUAUGGCUGUGGCAGUGGAGGACAGGACUGAGGGAAUUGAGAUCAGUCAACUCUACACCCAAGAAGUCCGUUUCCUUUUGUGGGACUUUGCAGGGCAGGAGGAAUACUACCUGACACACCACGUCUUCAUCACACCACGAGCCCUGGUCAUCCUUACUGUUGAUUUAGCCAGCUACAGCAUUGUAGACCCAGAUUCUUUCAAGGACCAACUGUGGUUCUGGAUAAACAACAUACAGUUGCGUGUGCCAAACUCAGUGAUUCUGCUGGUGGGAACACACUGUGACCAGUGCAGAGACCAGGAAGAGGUGAUGGAGAAGAAGAAAGACAUAGAAGAGAAGGUCCAAACCAAACUGGCAAACAGGAGGAUGGUUUUAGAACGCCAGAAGAAAAAUCUGCAAGAAAACUUAAAUGUGUCUCUCUUUAUGGACCAGCUGGAUGAGCUGGAUUGUCUUUUGGAAUACAAUUUGAAGGUUUUGAAUCUUUUAGCCAUCGACUGCACAAAGACUGAAGAUAUCGCAAAACUCAAAAGUCAUAUUUUGACAUGCAUUCUGUCGGAGAAUGCCUUUCUGUGUUCUGAGAGCAUUUUACCAAAAAGUUACGAAGAGGUGGAGCAAGUCAUUCAUUCACUUGUUGCACUAGAAGAAAUUCCCCAACACGGUAUUAUUUUACUUGAAGAACUGAGUGGUUUAAUUCUAAACCAUGUCAAACUGAGCAGAGAGAGUCUCCACUCCAUUCUGCGAUUCCUCUUGAGAUAUCUGCAUCGGAUUGGGGUGAUCAUUUGGUACGAAGACAUCAGUAUACUCAGUGACAGAGUGUUUAUUCAGCCUUCAUUCCUCAUCUCAAUGUUCAAGAGCAUUGUGAGACAUGACCUGGUGCAGCAGCUGGAAGGGGUCUCCAGAGACCUUCUCAUGCAGGAGGGGGCUCUGGUGAAACAGAAGUUCACCUGGGUGGAUGACUUAAGGUGCAAAGGCAUGCUGCACAAUGCAGCGAUGCGCAUCUUAGUCCGCAGAGAAUUAGAGAAACUUGUCGUGGACGAUGACGACUUGAUCGAAGAGGUAGUCGGAACCAAGAAGGAGAAAGGCAUAAUACUCACCCUACUGCAGUAUUUUGAGGUCUGCCUCCCCACUCUUGUCAGAAGCCCCCUAAACCCUCAAGCCCAAGACUUCAUCCCUGGUGAAACACAGUGGGUGUCAUCCAGGGAGGCCAAGAGAGAUCCAGAUGAAGCCUGCCUCUUCCCCAUCUACCUGAAGGAUGACCUCACAGUGCGCCACAAGUGGGGUGAGGACAAGCAAGAUGACCUCAGCGUUCAAGUGUACUUCCUUCCUGAGAUUCCUCAUGGUUUCUUCCACAGAGUGAUUGUCAUGACGUGCUCCCUGUAUCCGACUCACUGGGUGGGGAGAGAGCAAUGUCUCCUCUGCUGUGGGAACAGACUGGCUCUGGUGAAACAGAAGAAUAAAGAUGGAGACUGGUACAUUGAGAUACGCUGCCGGAGACCUGAGGACGAGUUCCGGCAGUCUUGGGAUCUGAUCUUGGCGGUGAUGUCCAAGCUGUUUGUGCUGUCCGGGCAGUGGCCAGGACUGACUCAGCAGGUGCACACGCCCUGUCCAGAGAGAGGCUGUCCACACUACUUCACCUGGAGGGACUUGGAGGAAAUCAGCAACACAGACUUCUACAAUCUUGUGAAAGAGGAGAAAUUAGUUUGCCAGGGAGGCCAUACACGACGGACGGAGCUGAUUUUUCCUAAAGCUAAAUAAAUCUCUGCGACAAUAUGUAAGAUGAAGAGGAAAAUCCAUCUCACUGAAAAUCUUUGUGUCCUCGUGUCAAGAAUUCACAAGAUCCUGGAACGCCACUCAACAAAUCCCAACUAUCCUUCUCACCUUUUUUCUUAUAUUUCCUUCAAGUACAGCCAAAAUUAUCUAUUUUAUAAGUUGACUUCAAGUCAACUCAUCAGAUAAUGGAGAUGUAACCUCU